AUGGCUUCAAAGAGCAAUUUUGUGCAAGCGGCUAUUCCCCGUUUUGAUGGUCACUAUGACCACUGGAGUAUGCUGAUGGAGAAUUUCUUACGGUCAAAAGAGUAUUGGCCAAUUGUUGAAGACGGCAUUAAAGCGCCAGCAGUAGGCGAAACUUUGACGGAUGCUCAAAAGACUCAGUUUGAAGCAAGAAAGUUGAAAGAUUUAAAGGCAAAAAAUUAUCUCUUUCAGGCUAUUGAGCGUCCCAUCUUGGAAACCAUUCUUUGCAAAGAAACUUCCAAGGAUAUAUGGGAUUCUAUGAAGAAAAAGUAUCAAGGCUCUACAAGAGUGAAGCAAGCACAACUACAAGCCUUGAGGAGGGACUUCGAAACCUGGCAGAUGAAGGAAGGAGAAUCCGUCACCAACUACUGUGCUAGAACCAUGGAGAUAUGCAACAAGAUGCGAUUCCAUGGUGAGAACAUGGGCGAUGUCGUAACAGUGGAAAAGAUAUUGCGCUCUCUGACACCAAAGUAUGAUUAUGUCGUUUGCUCCAUUGAGGAGUCAAAAGACAUAGAUGUCUUAUCACUUGACGAAUUGCAGAGCUCCUUAUCGGUGCAUGAGCAGAAGAUGAACCGUAGUUCAACUUCCGAUGAGCAGGCUUUGAAGGCUUCUACUUUUAUUUCUUCUUCCAAUUCCAGAGGAAAAGGUAGAGGUAGAGGUCGAGGCAGAGGAAGAGGAGUUCGUGGAGGUAGAGAUUCCUAUAGGAAUUUCAAAGCAAAUAAUGAUCAAUCUCAAGGCAAAGGCAGAGGUCGAGAUUAUGACAAAUCCAAGAUAGAGUGCUAUAAAUGUCGUAAAUUUGGUCAUUAUGCAUCUGAAUGUUAUACUAGGCUGCCUAAUGACAAAGAAAAGGAAGAGAAGUCCAAUUACGCGGAGAACAAGGAAGGUGAGACCUUGUUGAUGGCAAUUCAAGUAGAGAAGGAAACCGAGCGAGAUGUUUG